CCCCUCCAGCGGACUCGAAGCACAAACAUGUUUCUGGAGCGGGCGCCCCUCCUCCCGGAUGCCCCAUGCACAAGGGUACCGCUGAUGCCCUGACUUCUCACGGCGCAUCCUCAAACCCAGCAGCCGCAACCUGCCCCGUUCCUCACGGCAAUCCGACCACGAAUGAGAAGCUAUCAUCCUGCCUCGUCCCACACAACAGCCAAAGCGCAUCGCCAACAGAGCAGCGACAGGAGUCGUCCGUCUUCUCCAAACUCAACCCCCUCAACUACAUGUUCCAGUCAAUCCCGCAGGACCGGGCCCCGAAUCAAACAUACGCGCUUCCGACAAGUCGAGACGAGUCUUCCAUCCCAAGGGGCAGCGGCGACGGCAACUGGGAGUACCCUUCGCCGCAGCAAAUGUACAAUGCAUUACUCCGCAAGGGCUACACCGACACGGACAUCACGGCUGUGGAGAGCAUGGUUGCCGUCCACAACUUUUUGAACGAGGGCGCCUGGGGCGAGAUUGUCGAAUGGGAGCGCAGGUUCGGCAAGGGUCUCUGCCGGGGCUGGGAGGUCAGCAAGCGCGGGGAGGAGAACGCGCCGUUGGAGCUGCGACGGCUCGAAGCGCAGGAGGGCGGGCAGCAGCCGCAGCCCACCCUGAUCAGGUUUCAGGGGAGGCCCAAUGAUAUGACGCCCAAGGCGGCGAUGUUGCAGAUGCUAGGGAGGAUAUAUCCAUCCAAGUUUGGGUAAGUCUGGACCAGGCGCAGCCAGUUUUUCGUUUGCGUGUAACUGACAACGCUUCGGCGUGUUUGUAGCACCGAGCCGCCUUUCGACCGCCACGACUGGUAUGUGUCGCGCAAGGUUGGCGACGGCGAGAGCAAGGAGGUCCGAUACGUCAUUGACUUCUACUCGGCACCACC